CCUUCUUUGUGGACGGACGUUAUCGGCACACGUCCACUACCACGGCCACCACGAAACUCCAUAAAAAUAAUUUAUUCAACAUUUGUAUUUUCUCUACACAUGCCAUCGUCCUACCAAUCACUGAAGCCGCACGAUUUUGAAGAGCUCGUGCUGAAACUGACUACAAUUCUCAAUGACCCGGCUUUCCAAUGAAAUAAGUGGAAUGACAUUUGUUUCACCAAUGGAACACAAGCAAUGCACUCGUUUGGCACUGAUUUCAGUAAAAGAAAACGCUAUGAGUCGAGUUGCUGAGAUAUGUGUGAUUGAAAUUGCAAACGAACAGAGGUCAUUAGUUCCUCCAAUAAUUUUAUUGAAUUCUAAAAACGAAUUGUUCCUGAAUCAUUGAAUGUUCAUACGUUCAUUUUUUCCAGUAAUAAAAACAUUAAAAAAUUGUUAUAAAAUGGACUCGUUCAAAUCUAUAUUCAAAUGUCAAAAUAUUUUCCGUGUUUGUUCGAUUUCCACCAGCUUGACUCUUGACUGCGCAUUCAGUUCACGCAUGACGAAUGGCGUCCAGUUGUUAUUGUUGAAAGCGUUUAAUUAUUUGUAAUAAGAUUAUGAGUGUUUUUACAGUCUUUUUACACAAAAUUGUACAAAUUAGUGAUCUUAUUGUUUAAUCGGAUAAGUGCUACGCAGGACUUUCCAGCCAGUUUUCUGGGUUUGAGUGUCAAAAGUAUGUCACAUAAAAUGGGGUAUAUAAUGUUUCUUGGCCGUAAGCAAAUCAAUUUCCGUAACAAAUUUUUGGACUUUUGUAUGAGAGGAUAACUGCAAACUCAGCAGAAACAUUCUUUGAAAUAGUAUUCAGCUAGUUUGAAAGUUUUUAAAGUGUAAUUAAGUUUGUGAGUGAUAAAAUAUCCAUUUGAACACAUGGAAUAACACUCCCCCGUCCGUCGAACAAGAUGGCUGCGAUCAGUUCCAUCUUUCCAUUUCGCGAUAUUGUUGGCUUUUAGUUACGGGAAUGGGUUUAAUAUUACUUGCUUAUACCGCAUUCGCGAUUUUUUCUUAAAAGUCUGUCGUUUUUAACGGUCGCACCUUUUGGGAAACAAGUAAUAUUUUCUGUGCCUGAAGUGCUUCAUAUGGCUUUUCGAGAAAAUGUGGUUGGCGAUAGUAGCAAAUGUACAUCAUUAUGCUAAUUUUUAAUGGCAGCAAAUAGUGACGGACAAUUAGAACUAUCUACGGUUUUAACCUGUGAAGGGGACCUGACAGACCCCAGGUUCCCUACACAGCUGAACAAAGUGUUAAACAGGUUGAAUGAAAUUUUGGGUGAUACAGUGAAACUACGCAAACUGGAGCCCUGGAACUCGGUGCGUGUAACGCUGUCUAUUCCUAGGGAUGCAGCGUUACGCUUCAGAAGACUAGCCAAUGAAGGCUCACAAAAACUCACAGAACUUGGGAUACUUAGUGUUCACAUUGAGGGGGACGAGUGGAUAUCUCUUAAAUUUGCAGGUGAAUCUGGCAAUUCCGAACCUCGAGAAAUAAUUCUGAGAACCUCUCAAGAUGGUUCAACUACUAGUGGUGGUAGUAGCGGAAGUAGUAGUCAACACGAUUCAGAUUUUGGAAUCAUAAAUUUUUUGCAAACCAAUGCAGCAUCAACUUCUGUUGACACCAACAAUAUGCAAGUGCAAUUUAAAUCACCAAAUGUGGUAUGCCCCACAGAUACGGUGGUACCCAAAGUGGGUAAUAAUGGGAAGGCAUUCACUGGUCCAUUUCCAUUCGCCAGUAUGAAUCAGGUUAGACAUGCUAAUCGCGAAACACCUUUCAAGUCUUUGCCACCACCAUAUCCUGGCAAGCAGCCACCUGUCACCAUUUCGAGUCCUCUUCUUGUUAAUCUUCUACAAAAUGAUGGGUCCAAAGAGUCUGGCAGUGGUCCGAAGGUAUCUGCUCGGACUCAUCCAGCAACUACUACGCUAGUGAAUUCGGUGGGAGUAUCUAGUUCUUCUAUAGUCAAACCUAGCAACUCUAUACCGAUUCCUCAGGCCAAUGUGCUAGUAAAUAACUGUAUAUCACCAAGCGCCUUAUCAACUAGUACUUCCAUUAGGCAGAAUAGCACCAUACUGACAAGUACAACAGGAGUGAUGAACAAACCACUGCCGCCACCCCCACCUCAAUACCAUCGGACACUUUCUUCUUCAGUGGUUAAACAACAUUCAGUAUCUGGCCUCCAAAACAGCAGUACUCCUCAAUCAAAAUUGCAAAAUAAUCCUCUACCCCAAAACAAUAAUAUUAUCUCACAUUCUACACAACCGCAAGUCAAUGCCAUAACCCAGCCAGCAAUCGCUGUACAUCAAACCAAUAUUUAUCAAAUGCAAACUGCAACUUCAGGACAGCCUAGGAAUCCUUUAGUACAACAAAGUUCUUUGCCUUCAACUGGGCUUGCUUUGAACCAAACAAACAUUAAUUCAAAUCAAAUGAAGCAUAACUUUCCUACUAAAAACAGUUUCAUAUCUAAUUUAGUCAAAACACCAUCUACAAAUAUCUCCAUUGGAAAUAAUCCCAUUCCUACAGCUCAACAGAAAAGUUCUAUUAUGAGCCAAACUACAAAUAAUGUAAAACAAAUACCUCAACCAAGUGGGUUGGUUGCUAAAAAUACCACUAGUUACUUGCCACAACACAUCAAGAGUUUUUCUCAUUCAAAUUCAGCUAAUAUUGGAGGUUCAGUUGUUUCCUUGGCACAAAUCAGUUUGGCUACAUCCACUCCAAUAUCUUCUGUAUCAAAUACAAUGGAAAUGCCAAGUGUAAAUCCCACAAAUUUGAGUAAUACUAUGUCGAGGAGAAGUUUACCAUCUCCACCACCAUACUCAGUUGCAAUAUCAAGGCCUUGGGAUUCUUUAGUGCAUGGAAAUUCAUUAAUGGAUUUAACUCCUACUCUAACUGACCUGAAACCUGAUGAUUUGGAUGAAUUACUGCCAACCUUGGAAAGGGAGUUAACUCAGAGUCCACUUCCUGAGCUACCUGAAGACUUUUUGGCAGUUCACUCCAAUAUUAUAUCAUCUGCUGAAGAGUUAACUGAAUUGAAUGAUAACAGAAAAUUUCUCAUUAACCCACUGACUGGAGAAUUGGAACCACAAUCCAGUGAAGAGAGUGAUACAGAGGAAAUGAAAGAUGUUUUUACUGGUUUACCUUCACCGGCUGCUCUCUCAGAUGAUGAUACUUGUUCAACUACUCGACCUGAUACCACCACCGAUCAAAGCGAUAAUGAAACUCGGUCAAGUGAUACAAACAAGCCUCCCAGGAUAAAAAACUCCAAGGUGAGAGAUCGUGGACGAGAUUCACCUGCUCUCAAACCUGAGAAAAUAAAAUUGAGAUUGAAAUUGGAAAAAUCUGAGCCAGUACAUCCGGCAUAUAAAGUCGAUGUUAGCUUCAUCAAUCAGCAACCGAAAAAAGCUUCUACUUCAUUGAUGGUUGCUGGAGAAGAGUUGAGAGUACCACCUCUUCAUAUUUCAUUGAGGGGGCGAAAUUCUGUAGUAAUCAAGAACAAGAACAAACUUAACCCAGAUGGUACGCCCCUCAAACCUAAGGUGCGGAAAAAUCCAGAUCACAUGAAGGUGAAAAAAAGUGAGGGAGUGAGUAGUGUGAGUAGUUCUGAAGAAUCCAUUGGAAGUACCAGUAACAUGGCUUUGGAAGAGCAGUCAAUAUUGAUCGGAUCUGAUGUUAAUAAAGCAAGAGUUUCUGGCAUUGAUCAGAAGAAGUUAAAGAAGUUGAAAAUUAAUCAUGAACAUAAGGAUAUCAUUGCUAGUCUCACUCAGGAAGGUGAUUUAAAAUCCAAGUUUGUCAUUCACAACCAUUACAAAGAAAAGCAAAAGGAACGCAGAGGAAGUGAUUCUGAACUUGUUAGAAAUAACAAGAAAUAUACUGACAGCAAUGGCAUUUUGUGCGAUGAGAAAAAAAGGCGGUUGAGUCAGUCAGAGCAAACUGAAGAAGACCAUCCUGUUCUUGGAUCUACCAAUGUGGGUACGAUUAUGAACCUUCCUCAAAAACCUCGGAAAGAUAAAAUUAAAGUUAAAGAUAUUUUCAAGAAGGAUUUGAGCAAAACUAAGAUUUUCAACAAAAAUUUUGGUGAUAAAUUACAGAGUAAAUCUGUAACUUUACCAACAGCAGGGGAUAUGAAUAUGGAGGCCAAAUUCAAACAAGGCUUACUUGAAGGAACAGAAGAGAAAGGAGUACCCAGGCCACCACAUCGGACCGAUGUGGUAAACCUUCUCACCACUGAAACUGUACGAUCCGGAGAUUCUGAAAAGGCAGCAAAAACAAUACCUGAUACUACAUCUCUCAAAGACAAGUCUCCCGAACCAGACAAAUGCAACACUCCCAACAGGAAAUCAGUUGAACUGAUUGAAAAACCUCCUGCUGUGACGGGUAACCGAUCGCCAAACUCUACUGGAAAUCAAGGUGAGGACAGUGGCAUCGAGAGCAUGGAUGCUCUGAGUGAAAAGUCUCCUAAUCAAGCGAGUCAGAGCCCACAUGCUGACAUUUUACCUCCCAAGACUCAAGUGCCUAAUAUGUUGGAUAUUGAAGCACAGCUCGCCAAGAUGGAAGGUUUGAAUGGGGACUCUGACAGGGUCGAUGGCAUUGAGACAAAAGCUGGACAAACACCAGACGUGAAUGAAAAUAAAUGUCAAGACCAGUCGACCAACUUGAAAAAGUGUUGUGAAUUAACAUCUGUAUUACAGGACACCCUUCAACAAACUACAGUUAAUUUGACUGCAGCAUUAACUUCUCCACCUUUGCCAACCAAACAAGCUGACCUCGAUAUUGUUGCUCUUAAGGUUAAAAAGGAGGAGGAUGAUUUGGAACCAUUACCUGUACGAGUAACACCAGCCUUGUACACUUACUCUAACCCAGAAAAAGGUCGAGGAGAUUCUGAGAGUCCCAUUCUUUCAGAUGAAGAUAGCAAUUCAUGUUCAACUAGCAGUACAAUGCCUGGUAAGCAGAGUAAAAGCCUCCUUGAGCAGUUACUCAUAGAGAUACCAAAUGACAACCAAGGAGUUCCCAGCUCUCCAAGUCCUGCAACUCGACUAUCUGUCAGGACCAGGGCAUUAAAUAAAUUGGGCAGCCCAGAACUGAGCUCGCCAGUGGCAAAAAAUACUCGCGCUGUCCCAGCGCCAAAGAGGAAAAGGAAUGAAUCGGAUAGUUCAAACCACAGCUUAGAUGAAACAAGAAAGAAGGUACGAAAACUCACUGAUAAUCUGCCUUCAGAUGCUAGCAAUGCAACAACAACAAAAAUUCGUCCGAAUGAAGUUGCAAAAAUAAAUAACGCUAAAAAGAUGCCGAAGGUACAAGAUGAGAGUUCAGAUAGUGAUGAGCCUUUGAUAGAGAAGGUGAGGAAACCAGCUAUUACAAAUGUGAAUCCAAAUACUCAGGUGAACAAUACCCUUGUCAAGACAAAGUUGAAGGCAGGGCCUGGGACUGUUGCUAAUAACAAUAAGGGUGGGAUGGUGGUGAAUACUAGGAGGUCGGUAAGAAGCAAUAUGCCUGCACAGAAUACAAGAAGCAAAGGUGAAAAGAGUCAGUCUGAGUCGGAAGCUUUGAGGAGGAAAACGCGAAGUGCUGUUUCUGAUGUGGACAGUAAACGCAAGAAAGAAGUGAAGUGACAGUAUGGGAGCGGCUGCUGGGAAAGCAGCCACCAACACCAUAACCCAUACCAGUACCCACCGUAUCGCCCUUACCUGUGUGACCUGUCAUCGGAGAGCGAAGAUGACAGUUACAGAAGCGAAGACUCUGAUCAGUAACCACCACUCUUACUGUACAGAUUGUGAUAUGCUACCCACUAUAGUUGUACAUAGAUAGGCGAAUUUAUUGUAUAUAAAAAGAUGCGUAGUUAUUACACAAGCAGAGGUGUACAUUGUAAAUGUGUUAUUUUCCAUACAAGCUAAUGCAUA